AUCUUUUUAUUUUAGGAUAAUACUCCAGUUUACAUCACUGCAGGAGUUUCAGGAGGUCUCUUUUUUGCACUUUUUGUGAUAGUCAUCUUCACAUACUGGCAGCUCAGUAGGUUAAUGAAGAGGUUCGAAAAACUGCAGCAGAAGGACAAUAAAGUAUACCAUUACCUGAGCCCAACCAUACAACCAGAUGAAGAAUUAUCCAAAAGAGGAUUCUCCAUGUACACAGGGGAUAACAUGGAUGCUGAAGGUGUACAAAGGUCUUCUAGAAGAAGCAGCAGUUCUGAAGAUAAUCGAUAUAGCAUCUCAAACUUAGUGUUUGCGCAUGAAAGGCAAAACAGAGAUACUGAAAGAGAGCAGAGUUCUUCCAGCAGCAGCAGUAAUGGUGGAGACCAAAAUAGCACCUCAAACUUAGUAUUUGCUCAUGACAGGUACUGAAGCUUUGGUGCAUUUAUGAUUAUAUAAAACUGGUUCUACUUGAGAAAGUAUUUGGUACAUUCCUCCAAAUACAGAAGAAAAUUUAGUAUUCAGGGUGCAUAACUACUGAAUGACAAUCCUACCAACUUCAAUCUCAAAUUGACAGUGUAUCUCAUAGAUUUGUGAACUGAAGAAAUAUUUAUUGUAAUUUUGAACAACCCUCAGAUAAGAAGCUGUGAAGCACCUGUUCAAAUAUUAGACAAAUCUAUAUCAUAUUUUACUUUUUAUAUAAUAUUAUUAUUCAUCAUUCUGUUUAAAAUAAGUCAU